AUGGGGGACCGAGUGCGAAACGCUUAUGCUGGAGUCUAUAGCGAUACUAUCAAGAGACAAGUCAAAUGUAUGACAUGCAAGAAAAUUCGUAUGCAGAGUGCAUACUCCAAAAGACAGCUAGAUGCCCUCCGAAACGCCAUCGUGGUCAAAGGUGGCCGCGCCCUCACUGGUCCUGGGCACGCCAAAUGCCGAGAAUGCGUGGGUGGCCAAACUGUCGAGCUACGGUGCAUUAUCUGUGAUCAAACCAAAAGCCUUGAAGAAUUUGCGAAGAACCAGAGACAUGAUCGUGAUUGGGCGAGGUGCUUGACUUGCGUCCAGAACCACACGGAAACGGAGCCUGUGCUUGAGGAAUACAAACUGCUCGCAGAAAGUGAAAUGUCCACGGCUCAGGGUACCACAGCGGCCUUGAGUCAGGCAAGUGACGGCUAUACCUACAGUACUUCUGCUUAUGAAGAGGACGAUGAGGAUGAGGGUGACGAAGAUGACUAUUCCGUUGGGGGUGGAGUCUGGGUCGAGCCCGAACGUCAGGAAGAAAACACUGCCAGCAAGAGCAAAGAGCGUGGAUAUAUUGGAUAUGACCGACAGGGAAUACCUCAUCGCCUUGUUAGCUCUCAUGCAGUAGCUCCUGAAAGUGCUCACUCUAGCUGGGCGUCUUGGGGGAUCACCGCCAACACUACACUAGCUAGUUCUCCUCAGGGAGGUAGCUUUGAGAGUCCCAGGCCCAACGAGCCUCCACUUUCGCCGCAGAAAAAGAACUCGAAGUUUGCAAAAAUCCCGGUGAGAUCAAACAGAUAUAUAGUGACUUUACAGUAAUCGGGGCUGACUUAGGUCUAUGGUCAGAAAAUGCGAAUUGAGCGAAGCGUUCCUCUAACAAUACGCGACCUCGAGCCUUCCGGACACAAUAUACCACAUGAAGUUGACGAAGACAAUGAUGGUGUUGAAGAUUAUCUCUGAGUGGGCAAGAUCGAUUGGAGGAUGAACCGUAUCCGUCUUGAUUUUGGUUCUGGUAAGAUCUUCCCGCACAAUCCAUGAGAGACAGUUCCGUGGUUGAUGUGCGGAUCCCCCUAGGCAAUAUCUUAUCAGGAAGUAUGAACUACUGAAAGGAGGAUAUUAGCGAUUGAGGGGGCGACAUGAAUUUAUAAUUGAUUCUACUUGGCUUCACGGGCUAAACUAAUUCAGUUUAAAUUGAACUGUUCCGAUAACCGUUCGAA